AUGCGGCGAACGGCUGCGAAGAAAGCUGCCCGGACCUGCCAAGAGCCAAGUGCACCAAGUUAUGUUGAUGCCGAUGGGAAAGUCAGCAACGGCUGUGAGCUUCAAUGUCCCUUGCUGCCGCAUGCAACUUGCAAAAGGUGUGAUGUCUCGACUUGCUUUGAGUUGCAGCCUGAGUGCAAGUGGCACAAGUCGAGGAAUCAUUUUGAUCAGGACAUGGACGCUUCCAAUGGCUGUGAGGCUGGAUGCCCCAAGGUGGCCAAUGGUCGCUGCAGCAAGUGCCAAACACCACAGGCUUGUGAAGUCUAUACCUGCGAGGCGCAGCUGGCAGCGCUUCUUUUUGGUGCUGCGCCCAACAAAGCCUACAGCCUUCACGUUUUCUUCCGCAAGGUGGUCUCUUUCGCAGAGGAGGUGAAGCGCAGUCCGCCUGAUGGGGUAGCGCACAAACUACGCCGAUUGCAACGAGCGGACGAGCAGCAGCAGGACAUUUGUCAACAGCUGGGCUUGCAGGAGACAGACUUCUUUCUUUUCAAACAGCACAACCGUGGCCGCAUGCAAUACGCUUGCCUCUACCGAGAGGAUGAGGGUACCGAGCGCUCGGUGCUGCAACGUUUUUUGGAAAGUUUGAGCUUGGAGUUGGAAUGGGAACGAGUGAAGCAACGCUUGGACUCCUUGGGCUUAACCAAGCAGCUGCCCCCAGAUCAAGGUAUCUUGGCCGUCACGACGAUUGGCUCUUUGUUUGCACGCAUUAUCACGAGUUUGUGUUUCUUCAGAUCGCGGCACUUUGCACAAUUCUCAGACCACAUGGUGGUACUUUGGAAGACCGUGGCGUUUUGGACUUUGCUCCAGAUUUUCUUGGAACUCUUUUCGGUCUUUGUCGUCCUUUGGUACGUCUGGUGCAUCCAGAAGAACGACUGGGCACGUGCGAAGCAGGAGGCAGGAGCAGCUGGAGACGUGCACUUCCCAAAGGUGCUUUGGUUCUUUUUUGCAGAUAAGUUAGAGAUGUUCCAUCGACGGGAGGAGGUGGAAAAGAGCGUGUUAUCGGACCAUCCCAGUUAUUUGUCUUUCUUAAUUCUACUGCGUUGGAUUCAUUUCAUCGUGGCGCUCUUUCAAUAUGAAUCCGUGGGGCGCAACAUCGUGCCGGUGAUCCACGCGGUGCGACAACCGGAAAGUUUGUUCUACAUGAUCUUCUUAUUGUUGGCAUUAAUGGCCUCGUGUCACGCUUAUGCUGUGUAUCCCAUCGAAGAGAAUGUUGGAAGUUGGAAUGAGAGUUUCAAUGCAGUGCUGAAGAUCUUCCGCUUGGAAUUCUUAGGAGACUUUGAUCUCAAUGAGAUGGAAGGUCUUGACGAUGAGAUCCAUGGAACCAUCAAGAACAAUACCAUCUCAGCUGAGAUGGACGAGCAAAAGUACAACUCCAAAUACCAUCAAGGAAUCCGUACGCAGUUUGUUUUUCUCAGUCUUGGAAUCACUCUCGUGGCCAUGAACACCUACAUUGGCUUGUUGGGUGAGUUGUACUCACAAGCUGUGAAAAGAAAGAACCAACUUUACAGCCACUACCUGGCGGCCACCACCUACCAGCAUCUUUGCCUCACAAUCUUCUUGAGAUUGCUGGAAAGUGUCUUGAAGGAGCCCACUGUGCUUCUGGAAGGCCUGAAUAAGCAUUCAUAUUUGCUAAGGAGUGGAGACUUUGUUGAUGUCCCCGUGGAGAUCGAAGAUGAACCAGAGGUGAAUCCACGAGGUCUUCCUUACGAUCCCUUAGAGACAGUACUGGUGGGCCAACAGGACCUGCACAGCGAGAUGGGCCCGGAGGCAUUGUUGCGGCAGCAUCGUGUUGCACACUUUAAGCAGAAAAACUCACCCGCAGUGCAGCGGCGGAUCCUUGAGAAGGUGGAUGCCAUGGCUCCCACACCGCUCCUGGACGCCAGCUGGUCACUCGCAGAACGCCACAAGCGACGGAUGAACAUGCCGCAGCGUUUGUUGGCGCUGGGCGAGUUAAAGACUUGGCUCGGCAGAAUUGGUCUUGAUGCCGCACGAGAAGAGUUGGGAUUUGCCCGCGGACCACUGUGCAGAGAUGACUUUGUGAAGGCCUUGGCGGAUCGCGACUACCCCUACGGAAUUCUUGGUGCCAAAACUGUGGCGUUCUUCCUGUCUGAGGAUACCAUCAGCUGGAACGAUAUCACCAGUUGCCUGGAGGAGUGUGAAGCACCUGAGGGUCCUUCACGCUGGGAGUUGCUCAGAAAUGACGCUGAGGAGGCACGACGUAUUCGAGAUCAGGAUCCCAUCGAGGAGCAUCUCAUUGAGCAGUACGUGGGCACUCUUCGGCGAAGAAAGGAUCCCAACGCGACGCACUCUGAUGCCCUCGCCGGGCUGCUUAAGCGGAUGUGGCAAGGAGAGCCAGAGGUGGCGGAGUUUAUGGAAUUUGUUUUCACAGAGUUCAGGUCCAUUCCAAUGCUCUGGCGCUUCUUGAACAUUUCCAAGAAGAGCCUGAAAGGGGAUGAUGGUGUUCUCACAGAGGAGGACUUCAGGACUGCAAUGCGAUGUCUCUUUUCGAGGGAAGGCCGACAACCAGUUGAGGCCCACAUGUCUGGCUUAUUCGACCUGCUUGACACGAACAAGCAAAAUCGGAUUAGGUUGUCAGACAUUCUGCACGAAGAACCUCAUGCAGGCCGAGGCCGCAAAGCCUUGCUGGGCCGUUUGCGGCGCUUCCUGGAAGAGCUCACCUCGUCCAAGACACCAGAAAUGAAGGCGUUGAUGCAGCUCUACAAGUCGCCAGCUGAUGCCUUCAAGAUGAGUGCAAGUGGAAAGGUUACGCGGGCAGGCUUCAUUGAGGGACUGCAUCGCCUUCGCUACGAUGAGUGGCACGUGGAUGACCUUUUUACCAGGAUUGAUCGCGAUGGAUCUGGCGACAUUACCAUUGAAGACAUCCUGGGCUUCCUCAAAGAGGCUGGCCCCGGUGGCCGAUACGCGAGACCGGUGCCAGUUCAUUCCAAUUUGUUAGCAAAGGAGCGAACGACGGGCCGGCUGGUGCCGCUGAAUCACUGCUCUAUCGAUGCCUCUGCAAAGCUCUCUCAGCUGAAUGACUGGUUCAGCGACGAGAGGAUGGCACAACGGGAGGUGCUGAAGAGCGCUCGGCGGCCCAUCACCUCCCCGAAAACCACGAUGCUCCUCUCCUCUGCUUCCGUGCCCACGCUGAGAAAAGACCCGCGAAGGAUGGGUACCACGACCAGGUGGCAAGUCCGGUCGCAGCACAGUCUCAGCGAGAUCCGGGAGCCUCGAGAACUCAUCUACAGCUACGACCCAGCACCGGAUUUGGCCCCGAUCAGCUGCGGCCUCAUGGACCUCGUGGAGUCCCCUGGCCGCCGCAAAGUGGACCAUUGCUUGCACUCCUGA